AUGCUGAAUGACAAAACCGUUCCAGCAGCCCUGCUCCGCAUGCUCUUCCACGAUUGCUUUGUCAGAGGCUGCGAUGGUUCAGUGCCAUUGAAUUCGACUAGCAAGAACCAAGCCGAGAAAGAUGGACCUCCAAACAUUUCAUUGCACACGUUUUAUGUCAUUGAUGUUGCAAAGGAAGAAGUUGAGGCUAUGUGCCUUGGCGUUGUUUCUUGUUCCGAUAUCUUGGCUCUUUGCAGCAAGGGAAGUAGUUGCUCUGGUGGUGAAGGUAAGUCUGGAGGUCCAAACUGGCAAGUGUUAAAGGGAAGAAAAGAUGGAAGAAUUUCAAAGGCUAUUCAUACCAGACAGUUACCAGCUCCAACCUUUAACUUUUCACAACUGCAGCAAAGCUUUUCCCAGAGAGGUCUUUCCUUGGAUGAUUUAGUGGCACUCAGGUAUGUCCCAUAA